CAGGAACCCGGCUCGCCUUGUUUUACUAUUUUUGAUUGUUCUGGCGAAGAGUCACAUCUCGGGCAGGAAUUGACCAACAGUUCAUGCGCACGAUUGGAAUCAUCAAUCAUCAACAGCCGAAAGCGAGGGGCCAGGUAGGGACGGGCAUACUGUUUACAUGCCCGCAUUGAUUGAGCCAUAAUGCGGCCAAGUUGGAGUUGCAUUCUUCUUCUCGGAUAUGUCGUAUUUCCUUUCUUUCCCUUCCUUGUCACUUCUUCCAGUCGCUUCUCUGAGUUACUCGGUCGUUAUUCCCGCCACCAGGAUUCAAUUGAUGAGUGGGCAGUUGGAGACCGAAGCAUCGGCCAAGUCUGCGACCGCUCCUCCACCUCCAUCCUCCGUCAUUGCCUAUCGACAAUCUCCAAAGACCGCAGCUCGACAUCUUGGACGGCCCAUUAAUAUGGCUCGACUGGCGGUGUGCAUGGGCGCCUACCCGUCGCUGUCCAAUCAACGUGCUACCGCCCGGUUUGGCUGCUCCGUCGGCCAUGGUCGCGCUCGCGGCGGCCUGCCCUCCAACAACGGCAACCGAGGGCGGUGGUGCGCACCGGCGAAUUGAUGCAGGAAACAAACGUGCCUGCGAGCGCGGGAGGGGGGCUGUUUUUCCAGCCACCGGCGUCUACUGUCGAACGAAGGCCCCAAGUUUGAGCAGCUGUGCCAGAGAAACGCAUGACU